CUCCACUUCCCCAUUGAUCCGCUUGCGCCUCUUCUUUUACGCCGUCCGCUCAGCUCCGCCCCUCGCAAAGCGGCAGCGCGGCGGAGGCCCUGCCCCUCGGUACUCGCGGACUGUUUUCCGUGUCGCUUCCCCUUCUUCCCGGCAUCCCCGUUUCCGCUUUCUCACGGCUCUUUGGUUUUCCCACCUCUCAGGCGCUUCGCGCCCAGGGGUUCACUGACGUCAUCUCUCUGCGCUGCGCGGACACCCGCCGGUGGAGGAAGGAAUAGCUCCGCCGCCCUUCGCUUCUUUUGUUGGGCUGCUACUCCUCCGGAGUCAUGGCGCCGUCGCUGUGGAAGGGGCUGGUGGGCAUCGGCCUCUUUGCCCUAGCCCACGCGGCCUUUUCCGCUGCGCAGCAUCGUUCUUAUAUGCGAUUAACAGAAAAAGAAGAUGAAUCACUGCCAAUAGAUAUAGUUCUUCAGACACUUCUGGCCUUUGCAGUUACCUGUUAUGGUAUAGUUCAUAUUGCAGGGGAGUUUAAAGACAUGGAUGCCACUUCAGAACUAAAAAAUAAGACAUUUGACACAUUAAGGAAUCACCCAUCAUUUUAUGUAUUUAAUCAUCGCGGUCGAGUACUGUUCCGGCCUUCGGAUACAACAAAUUCUUCAAACCAAGAUGCAUUGUCCUCUAACACAUCAUUGAAGUUACGAAAACUUGAAUCACUGCGUCGUUAAGAUUUUUACAAAUUAUAAUAACAGAAUAGGACAGGACACAGAGCUGGAAUAUUGGAGUUUGGGGUACAAAACACUCCCCCCCAUCAGUAUUUAUAUUGAUCUUUCAGACCUAAUUGAAAAAGUCUAUGACCCUUGUUUAUACACUGUUAAUCAAAUCAUUAAUGCAAUAUAAGUUAUCUGUGAAAUGAGUCUUUGAUCUUUCAUAGAGAGAGAAUUCUUUUUUCAUCUAAAACAAAUUCACAUGUUUUGUAAAAGUCACUGUUUUGAACACAUUUCUUUGAAAAAUGAUGGUUUUGUAAUUAUUUAUUUUCUUAGAUUUCUUUUCUUUUGCACUACAGUUUUUAGGAUCCUUUUGGAGAUAGUGUGACUACUGCAUUUUGCAGCGUGAAUGAUAGUAAAAUGGUCUUAAGUUCUUAACAACAAAUGGACUUCUCUAAAGAGACCAAAAUGGUGACUUAUCAGUUUUUCUUAUGCCCCCUAAAAAGUGGCUCUGCUUCAGCAGAUACUUGCCAGUUUUUAAUUUACCCAUUACUUCUCACCCUACCCCGCUCCCAUAUACCUCCUAACAUCAGUCUUGUUUCAUCCCUUCUCUGGGGUUCUGUGUGCAGCGAGCAAUUUUUGUGUCAGAAAUCCUUUGUCGUAACAGAUAUACUUAACGAACUCAGCUUGCUGUAAAGCUACUUGUGUUCUCUUCAUUUAUUGGUAAAAAAUGUCCCGAAUUGAUCAUGUAGUGUAAGAAUAGUUGAAGAUAGACCAAAAAGACCAUCCAUGAAUUAAUUAUCCUGCCUGUGUAGAAUAAUAGUAAUCACUGAGGAAAACUGAUUACUUGUCAUUAGCCAGUUUAACUUAUUCAAAAUCUGUUAUUUUAUUGCAUACUAAUGAAUUACUAAAAAUAAAGGAAACCUCAUUAAAGGUAGACUUCAACAGAAUUGGGCCAAAUAUGUUUUAAAUAUUUGGAACUCAUGUCUUUAAAAAUAAUUAAGGUCAUUGAAGAAAUUGUUUCAUAGCUUCUGAUUUGUUUUCCAUCUUCAUUGUAUGUUGCUGAAGGUGAGGAUGAGGGUACAGAGAAGAAUUUUUUUAGAAACAAUAAUUUCAGUUUUAGGGGAAUUUGGCUAGCUCUUUGAUCUGCAGGAAGCUUAACAUUUCUACAUUUCUUCGUAGAAAACAUUGCUUUUGUUGAAUCAUACAGGUAUGGAAACAUUGCUUUUGUUGAAUUGUAUAGGUAUAAAGGGAAUAACUGUAUGCAGAUUUGAAAAGGAAAUGUGCUUUAGGCAAGAGUCAUGAGAUGUCCUUAUCCUUGAAGGCAUUUUUUCCUAUUAGUAAUGAACCUCAGCUCUUCUCUUCUGCCUGGUAACACAGCCUGAAGUACAAGAUUAUUUUGUCAUCGGGUUUUUAUUCAUUGUUUAAUUUUGUUUUGCCAACCCAAUCUGUCUGUGGAACACUGACUCUGCUCUCUAAGGAGAACAAAGUUAGAAAUCUGUUGAAAACCUAAAAUAAUUUAGAAAUGAGUUUAAAAUGUGAAGUCAGGGGUUAAAGUGGUUGUAUUUAAAUCAGAACAGUGUAUGAGAAACAAGCUCCUUACAUCAGGCCUGUGUACCGUUUCCUCAGGUAUGACUUGAUUCGCAAGAGCGUCUUAUUUUCUUCUCUCUGGGGGCCUGUCUUCCUUUCCUAAUAUGUUUUAAUAAUAACUUUACUGAGGUAUAAUUCACAUACCUUACCAUUCACCCAUUUAAAGGGUACAAUUCACUGGUGUAAUAUAUUCAUGAAGUUGUGCAACCAUGAUCGCAGUGAAUUUGAGAACAUUGCCAUCAGCCCAGAAAGAAACCCUGUGCCCUUUAGCGGUUACCUGUCUUUUUCCCCCAAUGCCUCCCAGCCACUAAUCUACUUUCUGUCUCUGUAGAUGUGUCUAUUCUGGUCACUUAAUAUGAAUGGAUUCCUGCAGUAUCUGGGCUUUCAUGACUGGCUUCCCAAAUAUGGUUUUGUUCUAUGUGGAGUGAGAACUUCUCCUCUUGAGAACUGAUUGCUGUAAAAGGAAGUGGUUUGUAAAAAUCAGUAGAUGUAAGGAGGGAGGGUCACAUACCUAACAGGUUUCUCAGUCCGUCUUAUGCUGAAUAGUUUUUUCUCAGAACCAAGCAUUCAUGAUAUGUUACUACUUAUAAUAUUUUUGUCUAGUCUCUAGAAUGGGUAUUGAUAUGGAUAGCCCAGUCAGGAAAGUCCUGCUAAAUAUGAUGCCAAAUAACGUGGCAAAUAAUUGACAUAGCAGUCUUCAGUUGUGUCUAAUUUUGCUAGGAGCUUGUAUACCUCUGAUCAGGUGAGCUUCCCAAAUUUUUUCUUUAAUUUCCUCCAAUGAAUUUAUGCUGUCUUUUAAAAGUAGGUACCAUAGGAUUUGGGUGAUUUGGGUGCUUCAUAACAGCGCUAAAUGGAUUAAGUUCAGAAUUCUAUUUAUACUACUAUGAGGCAGUACUAAGGUAGCCAAAAAUGUAGUCAUGCGAGCUAGUUAAGCCUGCAGUUGACUGUGAUUUCAGUGACAUUCAGAAGUGUGUACUGUUGAAGGCUCUCUAGAAUAUCGGAAGACUUAAUGACCAGGGAACCAGCCAAAUGCUAUGGCCCUAGUGGGCCAGCUGCAGAAAAUGCAGAUUGGUGAAUUAGAGACUGUGAUGCUCUGUAACUCCCUAAUGAUUGUUUUCUAAGCAUUGUGGCUUAUUUUUGAGUGGCAUGACAGCAUCCCCCUGGUUGUAUGUGGCCUGUUUCCAUGAUGUACUGAGUAGUGUUGUUUGUUGUGAGCAUCGAUGCCUGUAACACCAAGCUAAACACAGUCUUUUGGAUAUGUUUCCUCUCUUUAAAUGACCUUGCCCUGUCCAAUAAAUAAAUGAUUGUCUCACCCUG